UCUCCCCCCGGGCUGCUUACUACUCCACCCGUUGAUCCUUAUGUCCGUGUCGUGAGACGUCGUGUGAGAUGAGCAUGUUUGAGGCUCCGAGACAAAGGAGCUAGAUAAACACACUAAUGUAACCAAGCUCGGGCCGACUUAUACCAUUCCGAUAAGGUAGGGUAAAGGGGAAUUCCCCGGCCACCCGGCCAUAGGCUAGGCUGCGGCUGUGACAGCUACAAACAUGUAACGACGCCAACAUCACACCAACGGUUUAUCAGCGUUGGACUUGGCACGGAAGUUGGCGGUCGGAGCUAGGAUGGAUGGUCAGUCGAUCGAAAUCGAACGGUGGUUGCAUUUUCAAUAGCCGCAGUUUCGGCAUUUGUAUGCGACGUUGGCAAUAUUGGCAUGAUGCUGAAGCGUCAUACGGUAACCUGUUUGGCGAUGUGAACUGCCAGCGAGUUGUCGCUCUCGUCGCCGUUCGCCGGAACGACUUCGUCUUGGCGAUGGAUGACUUCGGAUUCCGACUGUCUCUCCUCAACCUCGCUGCCGUCAGUCAACAUUCAACCCGUUAUUCUCCGGCUAAAUCCCACGGCCGUCAGUUGUUCCCACUUUUCCCGAGACAACGGGAUGUGGGAUGGAAAUUUAGAUGGCAAGGAACAGACUGAGCAUCGUCAAUGUCACUUGGAGAUGGGACAAACCGGAGGGGAAGCGGUACCAUUAACAGACGCCAAGGCCCCGAACUACGAACAGGGUGUCAAUUGUUUACUCCAACCCUUCCUCCCCCUUUUGCCCGCAUCAUCGUUCGGCACCAUCAGUCAGCACCAGCGCCAUCACCAGUCGAAGAAAGCAUUGACCAUUCAACGAUCCCGCUCAUUCAUUCAAUUCACCCGCCUUUUGCAAUCUCCGAAUCUCCUGUCGAUCAGAAGCCAAUUCCACGCGAACCCUGAAUCCCAAACCCCAAAAACCCCGAUUUCUCCAAGCUUUCCCCAAUUCCCCAACUCCCCCGGACUCCUCCAACUUGCCCAUUCCGUUGUGCCGUCCUGCCGUUUAACCUUCCGUCAACUCCCCACCCACCCGCGCAUGCGGCAUUUUAGGUAUCGAUUAUUAGGGCUAUAUAAAAGGGACGUACCUCCUGGGCCCACCUAGGCCCGCCCGCGCAAGCGCGGGCGAGACCCAUACGCGACCUACGCGCGCGUGAUUCAACGUGGCGCGUACCGUGGCGCGCGCUGUGGCGUGUGAGGUUCGUGUCGUAUAUAUAUUGCUUAAAAUAAUU